AUGAGUUAUCAACAAUCGCAGGAUAUGUAUCACGACAAUCCUUCUGCCCGUUCCCCCGGCUCCCAGCGUCACCCACAGACCUUGCACCGUCAACCCUCGCGUCAGUUCGAUGCCUACGGUCCCAUGCCCGUCAACCUCUACGAAGACCCCAUGGCUCGUUAUGACACCGCUCGUCUUGAGCGUCUCAACCCGGCGCUGAACAACUCCUACGCUUACGAUCUGGGUGGUUCGCAGACUUGGAACCCCAAUGGGUUUGCCAAUCCUCAGGCUCUGGGAGGCAUCCGGUCUGCCUCGAGCAGCUUGAAGUCUACCACUCGCGGUGGUAGAGCAGGUCUUCCUACGACCUGGUUGGAUCAACAACCCGGCAUCGCGAGCCCCUUUUCCUCUAGUCUAGGUCCCAGUCCGCUCCAGAACAGUGCAUUGCGCCCAGACACUUCAACUUCGGAAGUAGAUGAUGAAUUGAUCCCCACCGCCAUCGUCAUCAAGAACAUUCCGUUCGCCGUCAAGAAAGAACAGUUGGUGCAGUUGAUGACCGAGUUGAACCUCCCCUUGCCCUACGCCUUCAACUACCACUUUGACAAUGGUGUUUUCCGUGGUUUAGCUUUUGCCAACUUCACCUCUGCCGAAGAAACGGCUACCGUAAUCGAAGUCCUCAACCACUUCGAACUCCAGGGCCGGAAAUUGCGGGUCGAGUACAAGAAGAUGCUGCCGCUCCAGGAGCGUGAACGGAUCGAGCGGGAGAAGCGGGAGCGUCGCGGCCAACUCGAAGAGCAGCACCGCCCUCUGCCCACGUCGCAGUUGCAGACCCAGAGCUCCAUGUCUUCCCUCACAUCGCACAUGCCGGCGACCUCCCCGUCGCCAGUUUCGCAGCGUGGUCAGAAGCUUGAGGUCGAUCUCAAUGAUAGCAUGACUCUUUCAUACUAUUCCCAACUCUUGCUCUUCAAGGAAGAUGCCAGUCGUGACAGUGUCCUCUUCCCCGUCAAUUUGACCCCGGUUCAUCGUCGUACGGUGCAUACGCUUGCUCAUAACAUGGGUUUGGGCCAUGCUUCGCGUGGCUCUGGGGAACAGCGUCAGGUGCAGGUGUUCAAGGUCAUGCCGGGCUCGAAUGUGAGCCCACCCCUGUCCUCUAUCCCUACCGCCGUCCAGCCUCCCGAAACCGCCCGUCGGGGGUUGAACCGCGCAGCAACGAUCGACUUCAGCGAGUCUCGUAACGAUGGACCGCCCCCUUACGGUAGCCUUCGAAGCCAGGCGUCGGGAUUCCUGGGUGUUUUGGACUCGCCAGGGAACUUUGGAAACGCACAGAACCUGCGCGCCGCCAAGUCCUUUGCGGACCUGCGCUCCUACACCCCGUCGCCCGUCCCUUCGUCGGCCAGCUUCCCCGCGGCGUUGCAAACCAACGGCGCACGCCUUCCGCAGUACGAUGGCGCCACUAGCGGAGCCUCCAACACCCCGACCCUCACCCCCGCGCCCUCCGGUUCGUCUUUGGGUAUGCAGCGGGAUGACAGCCUGUUGGUCAACAGCUUGAGCAGCUUGUCCCUGGGUACUGGAAUUGGUGCGACCAAUUCCAGCCCCAGACGUUUGAGGGGAGCGCAUGCCCAUCCGGCAGCCUAG